GCGACGUCGGCUUCUGGUCGGAAACUGUAAAGGGAGGAGAAACUUUUGCACUGUACAGUGGGCUCUAACUUUAGGGCCGGGGGUAAUUGUCCCUCAAAAGCUCCGAGGUGCUUGGGUGGCUAUAACUCCCUGCUUUGCGAGAAGCUGCAGCGCGCGUGGCGGUGUGUUUGUGUUGUGUAUCUUGAGCCAUACUUGAUUGAGGACUGAAUCCAGUCUAAGUUCUUCAUCUUUGAAACAGACACCAUGGAGGCACCUCCUGUCACCAUGAUGCCUGUCACUGGGGGCACCAUUAACAUGAUGGAGUACCUGCUGCAGGGAAGUGUUUUAGAUCACAGCUUGGAAAGCCUUAUCCAUCGCCUUCGUGGUUUGUGUGACAACAUGGAACCUGAGACUUUCCUUGACCAUGAGAUGGUAUUCCUCCUUAAAGGCCAGCAGGCCAGUCCAUUUGUUCUAAGGGCCCGGCGCUCUAUGGACAGGGCAGGGGGGCCCUGGCAUCUGCGCUACCUGGGACAGCCUGAAGUGGGAGACAAGAACCGCCAUGCCCUGGUAAGAAACUGUGUGGACAUUGCAACAUCUGAGAACCUCACUGACUUCCUGAUGGAAAUGGGCUUCCGCAUGGACCAUGAGUUUGUAGCCAAGGGACACUUGUUCCGUAAGGGCAUCAUGAAGAUUAUGGUGUACAAGAUCUUUCGUAUCCUGGUGCCAGGGAACACAGACAGCAUUGAGGCUUUGUCACUCUCCUAUCUUGUGGAACUAAGUGUCGUUGCACCAGCUGGGCAGGACAUGGUCUCUGAUGACAUGAGGAACUUUGCAGAGCAGCUGAAACCUCUAGUUCACCUAGAGAAAAUUGACCCCAAACGGCUCAUGUGACUAAAAUAAUCUGUCCACCAUUGGGGCCUGUUUUUGCCUGUUACCAAGACCAUUCACAACUGCCAGCUAGGCAGUCUCCCCUCAGGAAGGAGGACAGUGAAAACUUAAUUGGUUCUUUUCUGUUUUCCUCAUGUGGCAAGUUCACUUUUGUGACAGCCUUUCUAAAUUAAAGACUCAGGAAAACAUGGAGAAUCUAUUUAAUCCCUCUGCAUAAAGAGGGAGAAAUGAAUAAAUUAACUUCUGGAAAGAAAAAUCUCUUAAUUGUUUUGCCAUUUGUGUAUAAGGUUUGUAAAAUAACACUGAGCUCGUAUUGUGUGGUAAUAAAGGCUGUGAAAGGAAAUGUCUGUAUUUCUGACUCUACCCCAUUACUCUGUUAGUUUGGGAUGGAUUCAUUACCAAUUGGAGCAAAAAACUGACAGUUUUUAU